AUGGCGGCCACGACCUACGAGCAGCUGAAGCUGCACAUCACCCCUGAAAAAUUUUAUGUGGAAGCUUGUGAUGAUGGAGCAGAUGAUGUACUUAUCAUCGACCGUGUGUCCACAGAAGUUACACUCUCAGUCAAGAAAGAUAUUCCUCCUUCAGCAGUCACAAGACCAAUAUUUGGUAUACUGGGCACAAUCCAUCUGGUGGCAGGUAAUUAUCUAAUUGUCAUUACCAAAAAGAAAAAAAUAGGUGAAUUUUUCAAUCAUGUAAUCUGGAAAGCAACAGAUUUUGAUGUCCUUUCUUACAAGAAGACGAUGUUGCACUUAACUGAUAUUCAGUUACAAGAUAAUAAAACUUUCCUAGCAAUGAUGAACCAUGUCUUGAGUAUGGAUGGGUUUUACUUUUCAACGACAUAUGAUUUGACCCAUACUUUGCAGCGGCUCUCCAACACUAGUCCAGAAUUCCAGGAAAUGAGUCUCUUGGAAAGGGCAGAUCAACGGUUUGUAUGGAAUGGUCAUCUUCUUCGAGAACUUUCUGCUCAGCCAGAGGUCCAUCGGUUUGCCCUUCCGGUAUUACAUGGCUUUAUUACCAUGCACUCAUGUUCUAUUAAUGGAAAAUACUUUGAUUGGAUUCUCAUCUCGAGGAGGAGUUGUUUCAGAGCUGGUGUGCGCUAUUAUGUGAGAGGAAUUGAUUCCGAAGGCCAUGCAGCUAACUUUGUAGAGACAGAACAAAUUGUGCACUACAAUGGGAGCAGGGCUUCAUUUGUACAGACUCGAGGAUCAAUACCACUUUACUGGUCUCAAAGACCAAACCUCAAGUACAAACCAUUGCCACUGAUCAACAAAGUAGCAAAUCAUAUGGACGGUUUCCAAAGGCAUUUUGAUUCACAAAUAAUUAUUUAUGGGAAACAAGUCAUAAUCAAUCUGGUAAAUCAGAAGGGCUCAGAGAAGCCACUUGAACAGGCAUUUGCCACAAUGGUGUCUUCCUUGGGGAACGGAAUGAUCAGGUACAUUGCCUUUGACUUCCAUAAGGAAUGUAAAAAUAUGAGGUGGGAUCGGCUAAGUAUUUUAUUGGAUCAGGUAGCAGAAAUGCAAGAUGAAUUAAGUUAUUUUCUAGUGGACCCAUCCGGCUUGGUGCUGAGUAACCAGGAGGGUGUGUUCCGCAGCAACUGCAUGGACUGUCUGGACAGAACCAACGUGAUCCAGAGUCUGCUGGCUCGCCGUUCACUUCAGGCCCAGCUUCAGAGACUAGGAGUUUUGCAUGUGGGACAAAAGCUUGAAGAACAAGAUGAAUUUGAGAAGAUUUACAAAAAUGCCUGGGCUGACAAUGCAAAUGCUUGUGCCAAACAGUAUGCAGGAACUGGUGCCUUGAAGACUGACUUUACCAGAACUGGAAAGAGAACUCAGUUGGGACUUAUAAUGGAUGGCUGGAACUCAUUAAUACGGUAUUACAAGAACAACUUUUCUGAUGGAUUUAGACAAGAUUCCAUAGACUUAUUUCUUGGGAACUAUUCAGUGGAUGAAUUAGAAUCUCAUAGUCCUUUAAGUGUUCCAAGAGAUCUGAAAUUCCUGGCUUUGCCUAUUAUCAUGGUUGUUGCCUUUUCCAUGUGCAUUAUCUGUUUGCUGAUGGCUGGUGACACAUGGACAGAAACCCUGGCCUAUGUGCUCUUCUGGGGAGUCGCAAGCAUUGGAACAUUUUUUAUUAUUCUUUACAAUGGCAAAGACUUUGUUGAUGCUCCCAGAUUGGUCCAAAAAGAAAAGAUAGACUGA